UUGAAUCGGAUAUGGAAUUGGAAUUCGUAGGAGGAUAUGGUAUGUCUGUCCUGCACGGCAACCGGUGAACGAGUUUGCCUCGCAGCCGAGGGAUUUGGUAAUCGGCACUGUUUCCUCGAGAAUAUCGCGGAUAAGAACAUACCACCCGACCUGUCGCAAUGCGUAUUCGUAAUAGAGCAGGCUCUCUCGGUGCGAGCUUUGCAGGAAUUGGUCACUGCUGCCGGUUCCGAGACGGUAACGUACCACUUCUUUAUCACUCGUGAACAUCGUACAACGAUAUAUAUAUAUAUUUAUAUUUAUAUUAUAGAGAAUAUCGUUACAACGUUUACGAAGUAUUUAGAUUUUAAUAAUUUUAAUAAUUAUUCGAUCCCUCCUCGUG